UUGAUUCAUCGAAUAAUAUUCUCAUUCAUCCCUAAAUCGCAUCACAUCUCUGUCGUCAAUACCUCACGAAUAAAGAUUUCAGGUGUUUAUACAGGGUUAUCUAUCUCGUGAAUUUUCGACGCAUGGUGAUGCUCGGCAAAUACACUAGCAAAUUUGUUCAUGGCGAUAGGAAUCGAAGAGGCAAACAAUUAACGCUGAAGACGUAUUCAAGGCGCUUGAACAGAUGGCUAAAGAUGAAGACUUUAAGCUUCUCAAGAUCCAAAUAUGUGUUGGAUGUGAACGUGGAGAGUGGGGAGGAUGUGAUCACGCAUAAAAGAGUUUUGCGGAUGGUUGAAGAUCCUGUUAAUAGACCUGCAUUUGAAGUCAUAUUAGUGGAGUGUGUCCCAUCCAGGUCAAUCAUGCUGAUGGGGAGCGUGAAAGGUUAGGUAAUUUGACAUCUUUAAGAUGCGCAGAU